AUGGCGGCAAUAGGGACAGUUCUGGGUAUUCUUACAUUAACCGCUCGGACAUUAUCGGCGGAUAUAACAGUUCGCGCUGAUGAUGUAGAUCUCACUCUUGAACCGCUGCUGACUGGCGGUUUCCAGUUCGUUUUAACCAAAGGAGAUGAGAGAACAGUGUAUGGUCACAUAGGUCGAACUCUUUACUCGGUUUACGUAGCCGAGGAGGUGGAAGGAGGAGUUCUCAUUCAGAUGGGCAAUACAAACCUGAGCGUUCACACCUUAUACGAUGACGUAGUACAAGCAAGGGGCAUUAAGAUUAAAUGGGAUACGGAAGAUCUUACUCGUUUUGAAGAUUGCUUCAAUUUCGGAAACAAUCAUUGGUAUGGGGGUCCUAUGCAAGUAAACCAAGUUUACCCAAUAGAAAACGCUCAACAUAAUUAUAGCGCUUACAUCUCUAAAGAACAAGACAACGGAGCGAUUGUCGAGAGAUACUGGCUAAACUCCGCCGGAGAAUACAUCUAUGUACAUCCACAAGUACCACUUUUUGUGGACUACAAUACCAUCCAACCUAAUCACAUUUGCUUCGGUGCUCAAAUAACAGACCCAUACUCUUCCAGAAGAAAUCACACAGAGCUAUCUUAUGACAUUUGGUUCCUUUCUGAUGUGAAGAAAGCCCACCAACACGCUGUAGCUAAUUAUUUAGGUAAACCGACUGGUCUCCCAGACUUCAGAAUGGUCCAACAUCCGAUUUGGUCGACAUGGGCUCAGUACUCUCAAAACAUUACUGGAGAAAAGGUUAUGGAAUUCGCGACACAAAUAAGAGCGAGUGGUUUCAAUGAUUCGCAACUCGAAAUUGAUGAUCUCUGGGAAACCUGUUACGGUUCUUUAGAAGUCGAUACGAAUAAAUUCCCUAAUCUUACGCAUCUGGUGGAGGAGGUCAAGGCUUUAGGUUUUCGUGUGACGAUUUGGGUUCAUCCCUUCAUUAACAGCGACUGUGAUCCGUGGUAUUCGGAAGCUCUGUCUAAUGGGUACCUAGUGCUGGAUGAAGCCGGUACGCCAGAGGCGAACUGGUGGAAUACAAAUGGUUCUACUCCGGGUCUGGUUGAUUUUACUAAACCAGAAGCAGCAGAAUGGUGGUACAGUCGUAUUAAGAAUCUCAUCGACACUUAUGGCAUUGAUAGUAUUAAAUUUGACGCUGGUGAGAGCAGUUUCUCGCCGCAGAUCCCUGUACAAAAUGGCGACAUCGAUCUUCACCCACAUAAUAUUGUCGAUGCAUACGUAAGGACAUGCGCAAGAUUCGGUGACAUGAUAGAAGUUCGUGCUGCAUACAGAACUCAAGACCUCCCGAUCUUCGUCCGCAUGGUAGACCGCGACUCCAUCUGGGGCUUGAACAAUGGUCUUCCAACAAUCGUAACAACCACCAUACAGAUGAACCUCAACGGCUACACUUUGGUACUGCCCGAUAUGAUCGGUGGUAAUGGCUAUAACCUCAACCAUCCCCAAGCCGACCUACCGACUAAGGAAUUGUUCAUAAGAUGGGUACAGGCGAACACCUUCCUACCUGCAAUGCAGUACUCUUACGUGCCCUGGAAUUUUGAUAACGAGACUGUAACUAUAAGCAAAAAGUACACAGACCUCCACGCUGCGUAUGCGCAGGAUAUUUACGACGCGAUGCAAGCUUCAGUGGAUAACGGCACGCCCGUCAACGCGCCGCUUUGGUGGAUAGAUCCUACAGAUCAAGAAGCGCUCAGAAUAUGGGAUGAGUAUCUCCUGGGCGAGGACAUAUUAGUUGCCCCGAUAUUCACUGAAGGUGCAACUUCCAGAGACAUAUAUCUUCCAAUAGGAACUUGGCUAGAUGAAGGAAACCCCGAAAAGGUUUACGAAGGUCCAAUUUGGAUUUACAAUUAUCCAGCUCCGAUUGAUGUUCUGCCGUACUUCGUCAGGGAAAAAUCCAAUGAGACAAAUAUGGGCAAGGCUCCUGUCGUAUCUGCUCUAUUGGUAUUUUUUGGAAUGUUGUUAAAUAUUUUCAAUCAAAUUUAAGUUUGUUCUAAGCUAAGUAUUAAGUGUAAAUAAAUAAAUGGUUACUUAAUUUUUCUUGUAACAACA